UGAAAUUAGGCUUUGAAAGCUCAAAGACGGGGGGAUGAGCGAGUGAAAAACGAUUCCCUCCACAGCUGCCCCCGCGCUGCUCUGCUCUGCUCAACUCAUAAGUCAAUUCGCGCUGUCCAUGGCGGAGUCCAUCGUAUCGCGCGGCCAACAGCUCGAAGCAGCGGUGGACCGCCUGCCGGACUGGUACUUCGCUGCAGCUCAGGUUCUCCCAUCCCCAAUCAAGGUCAACAGCAACAACAACAGUAACCUCUUCACAACGCUGGGUCCAGUAUGCGAGACCGAAGAUAAGCCGCAACCCCUGGACGAGGACGACAUACAGAAGCCUCGCGAUCCCCCGUCCAACGCCACCAUGACCUGCACAGAAGACGAACUCGAGCUUGAGAAGCUCGACGCAGCCAGGCGGCAACAGUCAGACGCAACACAACAGAUCAGGCAGCAGGAACUAGGCCAGUCCGCAGCUUCUAGUCGACGCUCCACCGCGUCGUUUUCGGGCGGGUGCUCGGACCUCGUGCUCUCAGGUUUCUCCAUGCGGGGCAGGGAGAAGAAAGUCAUGUACCAUAUCGACGUGGUAGACCACGACGCCCCUCUACAGACAUACACUAUCCGUCGCAGCUACUCAGACUUCAAGGACCUCCAUAUUCAGCUGUCCGAGAUUCUUGAGAACCGGCAGGCAUAUUACCGAAGCAAAGCGGCGACUAGAAUGGCCAGGGGAAUUAUCCCCACGCAGACCGAUACCAUGACACACGAGGAAAAGCUCGAACGCGCCAUCAUGGCGUUCACGCUGCCCCCUCUGCCCCACGCGGGCUUCCUCACGUUCUGGAAACGACACGACCGGUCGCACUUGCAGUCAAGGUGUGAUAGUUUCCAGGAGUUACUGCGAGCAGUGCAACAAAUGGCGUUUCUGCGUGAAUCUUUUGCCAUGCAGAAGUUCCUUAGCGUCGCGCCCUGCGCGAUCCGAGAGCGAGGGUCCUCCUAUGUAUCGCUCUGCGAAUACAGCGUACCCACACUGAACCCAGAGGAGGAGCAAAGGGAACGGAAGCGACGAGCACAACAGUACCGCCGCAAUAGCAGCUCUAGCAACCACUCGACACUCAUGGUGGAGUAUUGAGAACCGUCUAACGACAGAUUCAGUUUAGUUUCUUUUUCGACAUCGUGUAGUAUUGAGCGUGAGCCGAACAGGGUGUGACAAUAGUUAGUGGUAACUCACGAGAUGCAACAUGUAAUCGUGCGAUGUACAUAUUUCAGAGUGGCCCUAGAUCAGAUACCCAUUUUA